AACGCCAUCUGUAGACCACAAAGGGAUGAAUAGUGUGGUGCACUGGUGUUCAUUUUGGAGCAAUCUAAAGGGUUCCACAAGCAUGUGAAUGAAUAAAUAAAUUAGCCGGAAAAAAAAAUAGACGUGUAAAUAGCCGAUAAGCGGGCGACGCGAUUGUUAAUGUUGUUGUAGAUGAAAUAAUUGUUUAAUGAAGUUAUUACUGAGGAUUUUGAUUUCUCUUUGUUGACGUGGCAUUCUUAUACUUAUUUAAAGAAUCUUUAAUUUGAUUUUGAAAAAAAUGUUUAAAUUACCUUUUCUGAUAGUUACUUUAUGUUAUUUUUCAUCGAUUUGUAACGGUGAAACGGAAACUAAGAAACCUAAAGGACCUAAAGUUACAGAUAUAGUAUAUUUUGAUGUAACCAUUGGUGGAGAACCAGCUGGAAGAAUUGAAAUAGGAUUGUUUGGCAAGACGGUUCCUAAAACAGUCAAAAAUUUUGCUGAACUUUGUACAAAACAUAAAACUGAACCCUCAACAGAUGGCAGUCUUGUUGGAUAUAAAGGAUCCAUCUUCCAUAGAGUGAUUAAAGAUUUUAUGAUUCAAGGAGGUGAUUUUACAAAAGGAGAUGGAACUGGUGGCCGUAGUAUCUAUGGGGAUAGAUUUGAAGAUGAAAACUUCAAACUGAAACAUUAUGGUUCUGGUUGGCUAUCCAUGGCUAAUGCUGGAAAAGACACAAAUGGUUCUCAAUUUUUUAUCACAACGAAAAAGACUUCUUGGCUCGAUGGACGCCACGUGGUAUUUGGUAAAGUCAUCAAAGGAAUGGUAAGGUCUUAUCCUUAUUAAAUAAAGUUUUUUUCA